AUGGGUCGAAAGCAGAUACCUCCACGUCGUAAUGCUAAGCGCCAGGGUAUCGCAGCUCAAGCUUUGCGUUGCAAUACGAGCAAGCUAGGUCAGCAAUAUCAUACGAUACCAAAGACGCUUGUCGGAAAGCAGCAGAAUGCGCAGAAAUUGCAGCAGAAGCGUGAUCAGCUCCGCAGUCAGCAGAUUGGUACUAAUCGCGGUGUGGUAUCAGGUUUGAGCCUAGCAGAGCUAGCUGGACGCGCCACAGCGGUGACACAACAGUAUGAAAAAAACCAGCAGGAGGAAAGCGCGACACAGAAUAACCUUGUCAUCAAUGACGCGUCUCGAAGGGCUUACAUGAAAGAGCUGCGCAAGGUAGUGGACAAGGCUGACGUCAUCCUGGAGGUGCUAGACGCGCGCGACCCCAUGGGCUGUCGGACAUUAGAUAUGGAGGACACUAUAGGCAACCGACACGGCAAGAAAUUGGUGCUGGUACUGAAUAAAGUAGACCUUGUCCCAUCACAUGUACUGCAGCCGUGGCUCAAGUAUCUACGGGGUUUUUACCCUACUGUGGCGUUCAAGGCAUCCACGCAGAACCAGAGCAAGCACCUUAGUGCCAACUUUGGUCGAGCUGAUAAAGCAGCAGGAGAAGCAGUGAGUGGAAGUAAAGCGGUGGGAACAGAUGCGUUGAUGCAGCUGCUUAAGAACUACUGUCGUAGUCAUGGAGUAAAAACUGCUAUUACGGUCGGCGUUAUUGGCUACCCAAACGUUGGCAAGAGCUCGGUGAUUAAUUCGCUUAAACGCAGCAAGGCUGCAAGUGUGUCGAGUACGGCGGGCCACACUAAAGUCAUGCAGGAGGUGCAUAUUGACAGAAAGAUCAAGCUGCUUGACUGCCCUGGCAUCGUGUUUGACCAUUCGGACUGGAGCGCGUUAAUAUUGCGAAAUUGCAUCAACACGGAGUUGAUGGCGGAUCCUAUUGGAGCGGUCCAAGUGCUACUGACUCGAUGUCAACCGGCACAGCUCGCUGAGCUUUAUCAAUUGCCUGUUGAUACAGUUUCAAUGUGUUUUAAGGACGCAGUGCAAUUUCUGGUGCUUGUAGCGCAAGCUAAAGGAAAACUGGGUAAGGGAGGUAUUCCUAAUCGACAAGCUGCCGCUCGUAUCGUGCUGCAGGACUGGAACCGAGGCAAACUGCCGUACUUUACGCCUCCUCCGGAUCAAAGUGUUCAAGUGCUGGAUACGCAAUUAGUGUCGUCGUUUGGUGAAGAAUUUAUUGUCACAGAUGAGGAUUUGAAUCCGGCUAGCAUUUUUUUACCGGAUUUGGACGCCGCAAAAGAGUUUAGCGGUCCCCAAUGCUCGAUUCCCGUUGCAGAUAGCGGCGACGUGUCUAUGUUGUCGGAGACAACGACCGAAGCUAUGCCUGCCUCCGUUCGCAUCAGCCAGAUGCUGGGCGACUUUGGUUCCGAUACAGAUUCCGACGUGGUCUCAAUUUUAGGUAUAGCGGACGACGAAAGAGGCGUUGCGUUCCCUGUGACUGCUUUGUCAACCCAGGAGCUGGCCGCUAGGUUGUCGCAGGACGCGUUGAACCCGCAGACAGCCUUGGCGGCGCGACGGAAGGCCAAGCAGUGGCGCAAGCUUAAGCGUCGUACUGCUCGUCAGCAGCUUGGCACAGAGGCUGAAAACUUGUUUAGCGAGCAGUUUGGCAGCAUUGUGGGGAUCGCGGCUUCUACUGUCAAUCACUGA